UCUGAAAGAAUAAACCCUACCGCGGUCGGUGUCCCUAAAUUUCACCUUCCCCGCGCUGCUAUCCCAAAUUUUCUUUUCAUCUUCACUCGCUCGCAUCUCCCUUCCUUAGCAAACAGACACUUCUCAUCCCUCUCACCCUUGAGAGGCUGUUGUUUGGUACUGGAGUCGAUUCAACGCACCUAAUUGACUUAGAAGGAUGAGUGAGCUUUAUUUCGAUGACUUUUUCAAGGUUGUGGAUGUAGACCCAGAUGGUAAAAAGUAUGACAAGGUUUCUCGGAUUGUUGCACGUAGUGAGAAGCAUGGCAUGGGCAUGAUUCUAGAUGUAAAUUCAGAGCUUUAUCCUAUAAAAAGAAAGGAAAGAUUCUUGUUGGCUUUGUCUCCAUCUCUUGUUUUAAAUACCAAGGAUGGCCCAGUUUCAAUUCAAGAAAAGUUUGAAUACAUCAUGUAUGGAACGUUGUAUGAGAUUUCAGCUGCUGGACUUUCACUUUCUCCACCUGAAGUGGAGGUAACAGCAUCAUUUGGAGGACUUCAGCUGAUGCUGAGAGGUGAUCCUUCCCACUGUGCCAAGUUUGCAGUCGAUCAGAAGUUGUUUUUACUAAUAAGGAAGUUUGAAAGUUGAACUGCUGAUUGUUACCUAUUGCUGAAAAGAUAAACACACUAGCAUCAAGUUUUAAGUAAUUUAUCAUCUUGUAUUGGUAAUUUGUUUAAGAUAAUAUGUGUAGCAUGUAUUUUGGGAGAUUAAAUUUUGGUUUUGAAUGGUUCUUUGAAGCUUUUCUUGAGUAUAUUAAGUUUUUAGGUAUGGAAAUACUCUAAAAAAAAAACUUUGAAGUUCAUUAGAAUUUUUUUUAUUCCUAUUCAUUAGAUUUAAAUAUUUUCGCAUGGUGGGUUUAAUAUUAAUUUCUUCCACCAGUUGGUGAAGAGUUAGAUCUUCUUUA